AUGGCUUGUUAUGACGUGGUGGACGCGCGUCGGCAGGAAAGUUUUUGUAACGCGUCCGAUCCGGGCGAACGCAUCGCGGCCCGAUACCGGGAACCGUUGGAUUUCGGCGACGCCUUUGAUACGAAAGCGUUGAGCGGGUUACAGCGUUGCCUGGAACCGCUUGUUUGUUUGUCGGGCCGUAAAACUGUUGGGAACCGUAAACGAUCUUCUUUCUUUCUCGCCGCGCACCAUACGUCCUCCCCCAACGAGACGUGCGAGGGUAGUGAGGGCGGGGGCGGCGGCGCGCGGAGCGGCGGGUACCAGGCGCGCAUGAGGGCUAGGCGUGUAGGCCGAGCGGAUCCCGGCCGAUAUCAGCGCUACAAGCGAUCGCACUUAACCGCGUCACUCGCACGUAUCGCAGCGCUGCAGCGCUAUCAUUCAGCGUCGCCCGCCGCAUUAGCGCUGUCGCCAUGCCGA